UCAGUCUGUGAAUGAUUCCUGAAUUGUCUCAAGGAGCGUUGCUCCAUAACCAUGACCUUUGGUAAACCAUCACGUAGUGUAAGUUCUUGUUGUAAAGCUGUAAAUCACAAAAAAAAACUACUUAGGGUUUUAAUUUCACUGCUACAUAAAACAGACGGUCCAGCUCUGUUCUUCUUCAGUGUGCUCUGACUUCAACUCGCACACAGGACUGGAAAAGGAAGGAAAUAACAACAGUCAAGAUGGGAAAGCGGCGCUUCUCAGGGCUGGAGAUGUCCUUGAUGGUGUUGUUUUUGUUGGUACUGGUGGUCGCUGUCGCAAUGGUCGUUCUACUGGCCACUGGGGAACCAGGGACGAUGAAAGAAGGAUCAGAUCCAGACAUCGUCCCAGAAUGUCCCAACAUUCCAGAGGGAGAGAGAGUGGACUGUUUCCCAGAUGGCAGCGCUUCUCAGCAAAAAUGUUUGGAAAGGGGUUGCUGUUGGAGCCCCUUGAGUGAGACUAACGUCCCCUGGUGCUUCUUCUCCAAAAACCACGGAUACAGCGUGGUCAGUGAAAGCAAGCCAGACAGCACACAUAUUGAGGCCAAGCUGACAAGAAUGGAUGCCCCAUCUCUAUUUGGAGCCGAUAUUAAAGAGUUGACCUUCUCCGCUGAAAUGCAGACAGAAAACCGUCUUCGAUUUAAGAUCACUGAUGCAAAUCAAGCCAGGUUCGAGGUUCCUCAUGAGCAUGUGCAGUCCCUUUCCGACACUCCCAGAGGACCCCUAAAAUAUAGAUUGGAGCUGAUCCAGAAACCCUUUGGGCUGAAAGUUUGGAGAACAACAUCUCCUGAAAAACUCUUGUUUGACACAACCGUUGGGCCGCUGGUUUUUGCUGAUCAGUAUCUUCAGCUCUCAGCUAAACUCUCCUCUCACAAUAUUUAUGGCCUUGGAGAGCAUGUCCAUCAGACCUUCCGUCAUGACACCAACUGGAGGACCUGGCCUAUCUUCACAAGAGCUGCUUUUCCCAAUGGAGGCACACACAACCUAUAUGGCCAUUACCCCUAUUUCACAUGUCUGGAAGAUGCGAGCGGCCAAUCCUUUGGUGUUUUCCUCAUGAACAGCAAUGCUAUGGAAGUGACAGUCCAGCCUGCUCCAGCCGUAACCUUCCGGACUAUCGGUGGGGUUUUGGAUUUCUACAUCCUGGUUGGAGAAACACCGGAAACAGUGGUGGACGAGUUCACGAAACUGAUUGGCAGGCCUUUCAUCCCUCCGUACUGGUCUCUGGGCUUCCAGCUCUCUCGCUGGGACUAUGGCAGCCUGGAGGAGGUGAAGAAAGUCGUGGAGAGAAAUCGACAGGCCGGCCUUCCGUAUGAUGUCCAGUACACUGAUAUUGACUACAUGGAGAACAAAAAGAUCUUCACCUAUGAUAUGGAGAAAUUUGCAGAGCUCCCUCAGUUUGCUGACUACAUGCAUGAUAAAGGGCAGAAAUACAUCGUCAUACUGGAUCCUGCUGUAUCCACAGGUCAAAGGAUAAACGGACCCUAUGAAGCACUUGAGAGGGGACAUGCAGCUAAGGCUUGGGUCACUGAACCAGAUGGGGUAACGUCUUUACUGGGAGAGGUCUGGCCAGGGGAAACCGUGUUUCCUGACUACACUAACCAGGCUUGCAUUGAUUGGUGGGUUGAUGAAAUUUCCCGGUUCCACAAGGAAGUCAAGCAUGAUGCUCUCUGGAUUGACAUGAAUGAGGUGGCCAAUUUUGUGAAGGGAGGCAUCAACGGCUGCACUGAUAACAAACUCAACUAUCCUCCAUUCACCCCAAGUAUCCUCGAUGACCUGAUGUACAGUAAGACCUUAUGCAUGGAUGCUAAACACAAAUGGGGGAACCACUAUGAUGUCCACAGUCUGUAUGGGUACUCUAUGGUCCUGGCCACUGACAAGGCAUCAAAAGCAACGUUUGGGACGAGCCGUUCCAUGAUCUUCACCCGCUCCUCCUUCCCUGGGGUGGGCAAAUACUCUGGGCACUGGUUGGGAGACAACGGUGCCAACUGGAAUGACAUUAAGUGGGCGAUACCCGGCAUGCUGGAGUUUAACCUCUUUGGAAUCCCUUAUAUCGGUGCGGACAUCUGUGGGUUCUUUGACGACUCAACGGAGGAGCUUUGCACACGUUGGAUGCAAGUGGGUGCGUUCUACCCCUUCAGCCGUAACCACAACGCACAAGGUUAUGCAGACCAGGACCCUGCAGCAUACGGCUUUGACUCUCUCGUGGUGAACACCUCCAGGCAUUACCUGAACAUCAGAUACACACUCUUGCCGUACCUCUACACUCUGUUCUACAAGGCCCAUGUUAACGGAGAGACCGUAGUGCGUCCCGUGAUGCAUGAGUUCUAUUCUGACAGUGAAACCUGGGCAGUACACAAACAGUUCAUGUGGGGAGCACAUCUUCUCAUCACACCUGUGCUGGAUCCUGGUGUUGAAUUUGUGAAUGCCUAUAUCCCAGACGCCAUCUGGUACAACUUUGAGACGGGGGUAAAGAUAACAGAUCGCAAAGCAACAAUUAACAUGUACCUGCCAGAAGAUAAAAUUGGUUUACACAUGAGAGGCGGAGGCAUUCUGCCUGUACAGAGACCAGAUGUCACCACUACAUACAGUCGGCGUCAUCCCAUGGGACUGAUCGUCGCACUCAAUGACAACAAGGCUGCGUCAGGCGAGCUAUUUUGGGAUGAUGGAGACUCUCGAGAUACUGUUGCAUCCGGUGAUUACAUCCAUUACCAGUUUUCCGUGGCUAAUGGUAUUUUGUCAAUGCAAGUUGCCCACAGUGGAUACCAGGAUCCAAACAACUUGAAGUUUGAGAACAUCACAGUGUUGGGAGUGACUGCAGCUCCAGCUCUUGUGACCGUUUCAGAUGGCAACACUGUUAUCUCUCUGUCUGACUCCCAGAUUCAAUAUGAUAUUUACAAGCAGGUGCUAAAUCUGAAAAAUCUGGAGCUGGAACUGGGGAAGGACUACACAGUCAACUGGGAGGCCAAAAUCUCUGCAAAUAUUGAUUGCUAUCCUGAAGGGGGUGAAAAUCAGGCCAAAUGCGAAGCCCGUGGCUGCAUAUGGGAGCCAUUAAGUGUCCCACGGUGCUAUUACGCCGAGAACCAUGGCUACAUCACCAGCAACAAGGUUGAGACACCAAGUGGCAUCACUGUAGAUAUAGAUCGCAAUACUGAAUUUCCAAGUCAGCGUUCUCGAUCUCGAGACAUCAGCAAGUUACGGGUGGAUAUCACAUACCUGAGUGGAAGAAGCCUACGCUGGAAGAUCUUUGACCCAGAAAAUGCACGCUACGAGGUCCCCGUUCCCCUCCACCUGCCAGCCACACCAGAAACAGUGGAAGAAAACAGAGACUAUAGGGUUCAAAUCAAUGACAAACCAUUUGGAAUCCAAGUGAUCAGAAAAGGAACAGAAGAAGUUAUAUGGGACUCGGCGGUGCCGGGGUUCACAUUCUCCGAUCAGUUCCUUCAGAUCUCCACACGCCUUCCCUCGGAAUAUGUCUAUGGUUUUGGUGAAACAGAGCACCCUACCUACAAACAUAGCCUCAACUUCCACAAAUACGGCCUGUUUGCGAAAGACCAGCCUCCAGGGUACAAGCUGAACAGUUAUGGAGUUCAUCCUUUCUACAUUGGUCUGGAGAAAUCCAAAAAUGCUCAUGGUGUCCUCCUGCUCAACAGCAAUGCUAUGGAUGUGACCUUCCAGCCUACUCCAGCUCUGACCUACCACACCAUCGGAGGUAUCUUGGACUUCUAUAUGGUGAUGGGACCCACUCCAGAAGAAGUUGUUCAGCAGUACACUGAGAUGAUCGGCCGCCCGGUUCUUCCAGCCUACUGGUCGCUCGGAUUCCAGCUUUGCCGCUACGGCUACUCCAACGAUACGGAGAUCGCGGAUCUUUACAGAGACAUGAAAGCAGCUCAAAUACCUUAUGAUGUGCAAUAUGCAGACAUUGACUACAUGGAGAGGCAGAUGGACUUUACGCUGGACCAAGUGAAUUUUAAAGGACUGCCUGCUCUGGUGGACCAGAUGAGGGCUGAGGGAAUGCGUUUCAUCUUCAUCCUGGACCCGGCGAUAGCUGGCAAUGAGACAAAAGGCUCCUACCCUGCAUUUGAUACCGGGAUUGAAAAAAACGUUUUCAUCAAAUGGCCUCCUGAGCUUAGCAAUGACAUUGUGUGGGGAAAGGUAUGGCCUGACUAUCCCAAUAUCACUGUGGACAAUUCUUUGGACUGGGAUACUCAAGUGGAGCUAUUCAGAGCUUUCGCAGCGUUCCCUGAUUUCUUCAAGACCAGUACAGCAGAGUGGUGGGGAGAGCAGAUUAAAGACUUUUACAACAACAUCAUGAAGUUUGACGGACUCUGGAUCGACAUGAAUGAGCCGGCCAGUUUUGUGCAUGGCACCGCUGGAGAAAAUUGUCUAGGGAAUAAAGAUUUGGAAGAUCCUCCAUACAUGCCCCCACUGGAGUCCAUGCACAGAGGUCUGAAUGUUUUUGGCAUCCCUUACACUGGUGCUGAUAUCUGUGGCUUCUUUAACGUUGCUGAAUACGAGAUGUGUCUGCGCUGGAUGCAGCUUGGAGCUUUCUAUCCGUUCUCCAGAAACCACAACACCAUCAACAUGCCAAGGCAGGAUCCCGUGGCCUGGGGACCGGAGUUUGCUGCUGCGUCUCGUGAUGUGCUGAACAUUCGCUACACCCUCCUGCCGUAUUUGUACACACUGAUGUAUGAAGCCCAUGCUCACGGAAACACUGUGGUCAGACCCAUGCUGCACGAGUUUGUCACAGAUGAAAAAACCUGGGGCAUUGACAAACAGUUCCUCUGGGGUCCUGCUCUUCUGAUAACACCUGCUCUGGACCCGGGCGUUACUGUGGUCAAGGGAUACCUGCCAUAUGGCGUCUGGUACGAUUACCACACGGGUAAAGCUAUAAGAACAGCAGGAGAGUUUGUGGAUAUGGAUGCACCGUUAGAGAAAAUUAACCUGCAUGUGAGAGCAGGCCACAUUCUGCCCUGGCAGAAACCAGAGAACAGCACACACUACAGUCGUCAGAAUACUCUGGGUCUGAUUAUUGCUCUUAAUGAUGGAGGUGUAGCAAAGGGAUCCCUGUUCUGGGAUGAUGGAGAGGGAAUCGAUACUGUCCAGAAUGGCCAAUACCUCUUGACAUCUUUCUCUGUGUUUGAUCGUACUCUUACCAGUGAGGUUCCUGUAAAUGGCCUGGCCGAGGCUGACAGACUGACCCUGGGUGUCGUGAGGGUUUGGGGUAUAACAAGCAGUGUCACUCAGGUUACCAUGAAAGUGAAUGGAAAACCUGAUGCCAACUUGGGAUUCACAUAUAACUCUGAGGAGCUGUAUUUUGACACAACAUCACAAUCUCACACCAUCGAAACACCUUUCACUAUCACCUGGACCACAGGAUAGAUAUGGACACAAGUCUACGGAGACGGACUUGACCCAAGAGCAAUCGCAUGAUUAUUUACCUUUAUUUAUGAAUGUUCAGUCAACUAGUAAUUUAUUUAGCAUUUCUGCUGGAGGCUUUUUAUGGAUAUCGUCUGGACUUAAAAUAUGAAAUUAUUUCUUCUAAAAUAAACGUUUGACGUUGUUUUUGGUUUGGAUCUGAUUUUAAAAACUAUUAGUGGUUGUGCAAGUUCAGGCCGAACUUGGAAGGCUGGAUCUGUAAUGCCGGCAUUUGGGGAAGUGGAAAUAUAAUGAUAACCCUUAAUUAUCGACAAUCACAGCUUUUUAACGAGAAAACCUCUUAGCGGCGGCUACCUGCCGGGCGUUCUUCACGCAUGAGUACAGUUUGAAGUAAUGAUACAAUAAUCAAUUAUUCAUUCUACAGUAAACAUAAUGAUAUCAAUUAAGCAAUGGAGACUUCUAAAUUGAUUUCUGCUCUAAUUGGCAAUCAUUGCGAGCUGGAGAGAUGGACGCCGCAGGGAAGAGGGCGGGAAGGGAGUGCCUCCGAUAUUUAGACGCUAGCCAAAAACAAUGAUAAUUGAGGAGCUUUUUUUAUCCGAGUGUGAAACAGGAUGGAGCCGUUCUGACUGAGAGUUUAAUUAUUUGGGUUUUCUAUUAUGUGAAAGGGGUUUAUCUAGAGCUUGUAUUUAAUUAGCGAAGAACAAGUCCUGCUUUCCGUGGUUUUUACAAGAAAAAGAGCAGUUUUCCUUCUCUAGUCAGGCAGUGAGGAAACAUACAAUUAUUCAUGGAGUUUAUACAAAGUUUCAAACUUCUGUCAGCUCUGCCUGAGUUGGUUGUGUUAAUUUUACCAUUAGAAGUUCAACGCUGUCCAUUAAGUGAUAUAUGAAAGAAUAAUACAGCUGUAACGUGGAGAAAGAUUUUAAAACUGCAAUAAACUGAUUUAUACCUCA